CAUUGGGCCUAAAAAAUGAAGGAUUUUCGACCCAAAACGGCGUGCCGUUUCUCUGGAAAUUUGCCUCCUUAUCCCAGACCAAAACCCACUCAGUGGAAAGGGCGAGACUCUCCGGUCUCCGCACCUCAGCGGAAAAGCCAUGUCCCUCCUUCCCUCCACCUCCAAGCUUUGCUGAAAUUGAAGCACAAAGAAGUGCAGGGGACGUCAAGAACAAGUGCGAGGGCAUAUGGAGGCUGUCCAAGCUCGGCGUCUCCGUCGACAAGGACCCCGGAAAGGACUUUUUCGGCGUCUCCGAUGGCUUGCUCGAACAGAUUGCCAGAGUGCUCGAAUUUCCCGGUUCCUUCGAUGCUGCCGACGGAGGCCUUCACGGUGGUUCUGAAAUCUUUUGAUGCAAGGAAGCAAGUAAUGUGCUGAAAGAACCGAAAUUCGUAUACAUUGUGGAAAUGGAUGUCGACAAACUUCUGAGUCUGGACCCUCGCACUUGGGGACUUCAUUCCGAGUUGGAGCCGAAAGUCGGGCUGGUAGAACACAUGCCUGAAGCGAGAAAAUCUGGAGAUUCGAUCAGUAUAAUAUAUAUGACUUAUAAAAAGUACAUCAAGGUACAGUUUCUAGUGGUGGUGGACAUAACACGAAAAAUGGAUCCGGAAGGACAUACACGUAAGCACCCCACGGCUACAGAACCAAAAAUUGCAGUGGUGGGUAGCGGAUCAUCAGGGUUGUUUGCCGCCCUUGUUCUUGCGGAAUUUGGUGCAAAAGGAGAAAUAAGUAUACAGCAUUUUUAUUUUCCUACAAACCCUAAUGUUUAAUCUUAUUCGUUGCUUUCAUUUUGUUGAUUUAUUCUGAUGGUAAAAAAUAAAGUGUUGUGUUAAAAA